AUGCAUGUAAUUGCUUUCUUGACUUUUCUUUUCCUUCCGGACGGAGACAGCGAAGAGCGGCCAUUGAGCUGCUUCAUUCAAGCUUUGCCCGCUUUUCACUUUUGUCGUCUCCCUGCCUCCUCUACUUCGUUCCGAUCCCUCUUUUUGGUAACUUGCUUCUGCCAAAACAUCUGGAUUCUGCGUCUGCGUGCCACAAUCACUAAUGCUGUGCACACCUCAUCAGCUCGCAGCGAGGAAGUGUAUCUCAUGUCGGGGGCGCGGAUUCUUCCCUACGUGGACACGGCGCCGUGCCAACGGAACGUGAUUCAGGCGCGUGCCAUGGUGCGCCACGAGGCGGAGUACAAUCUAGGGGGAAAAACUGCGUACGAAGAGAAGCGUCGCGCCUUGCUAGAGCUCCAGCGGAAAAACAUGGACGAAUAUAACAAAUUUAGGGAUGAUAUAAGUGUGGCUCGCAGGGAGCUUUUUCUCGCUUUAGCCUCCCAGAACUCAAAUCCAUCCCUUAGGAAACGGCGGCGGUCUCCAGACACUAUGGUGGAGUGUGAGGUGCUUCGUUUUGAGGGGCUUCUCACGGAGUCUUUGGGGCUGGAGUUGCGCCUGCAGUGUGGAGAAGGCCAAGCCAAAGAGUGCGCAGACGCAGCGGUGGUGCUAGAGGCAUUGCAGUGCACACAGGAGGCGCUGCACGCCACGAGGCGCCGCACAGAGGAGAUCAACGCGCUGCGUUGCGUGGAGCAGCAGCAAUUUGCAAAGCUGCUGGCCGUAAAGGAGCGAGUGGCACGCGGACGCCUGGAUAAAACUCGUGCACUUGAAAAAAUUCUGCGGGAAACUGAGAGAACUCGUCAUCGCUCAACGCUGCUGAAUUCUCUGGAAUGA